AGUGAAAGAGAAAGUAUCAGUCAGAGAGACUACGUCUGUAAAAUGGCAGCUAAAGCUUUGAUUCCCGAGGACGAUCUCUGUUGUUCUGUAUGUUGUGAUAUUUUUAAAGAGCCUGUUCUCCUGAAAUGCAGCCACAGCUUCUGUAGAGUGUGUGUGCAGCAGUACUGGGAAGAGGAGAGCUCUCGAAAGUGUCCUCUUUGCAGGAAAAAGGCCUCCAUGAAGGAUCCUCCUGUAAACCUGGCUUUAAAAAUCAUUGUGGAAUCCUAUUUAAAGCAUAAGAGUGAGAGCGAAUCUGCAGAGGAAAGUGAAGCUCUUGUGAAGGAUGAAGCUUUCUGCAGUCUUCAUGGAGAGAAACUUCAAUUCUUCUGCAACCAUGACAAAAAGCCUCUCUGUGUCGUCUGUCGGACUUCAAAAAAACACAGAAACCACCCGGUCUGUUCAGUGGAAGAGGCUGUCCUGGAUCUGAAGGAGGAACUCAAGCCUGCGCUUAAUCUUAUUGAAGAAAAGCUGAUGAGGUUUACUAAGGCUGAACAAGAAUGUAAGGAAAUAACACAAUACAACAAGAGACAAGCCCGGCUCACAGAGAGGCAGAUAAAGGCAGAGUUUGAGAAGCUCCACCAGUUCCUGCGAGAGGAAGAAAAGGCCAGACUAGCUGUACUGAAGGAGGAAGAGGAGCAGAAGAGUCGGAUCAUGAACGAGAAGAUAGAAAAGAUCACGGAACACAUCUCUAUCCUUACAGACAAAAUCACAGCUAUAGAGAAGGCCAUGGACACUGAAGACACUUCCUUUUUAAAGAGCUACAAGAGCAUUAAGGAAAGAGCCCAGUGCACACUGCAGGAUCCAGAGCUGCUCUCAGGGGCACUGAUAGAUGUGGCCAAACACCUGGGCAACCUGAAGUUCAAAGUCUGGGAGAAGAUGCUGGGGAUGGUGCAGUACACUCCUGUGGUGCUGGACCCCAAUACUGUACAUACCCAAGUGUCUCUCUCUGAUGAUCUGACCACUGUGAGAGACACAGAUACAGACCACAAAUAUCCUGACAACCCAGAGAGGUUUGAACCCUGUGUGUGUGUGCUGGGAUCUGAGGGGUUUACCUCAGGGAAACACAGCUGGGAGGUGAAGGUUGGGAAUACAUCUUCCUGGGAUAUAGGAGUGGCGAAAGAGUCCAUCAGUAGGAAAGGUCAUAUAAAAUGCAGCCCAGAGAAUGGAUUCUGGAUCAUAAUGCUGAGGAAUGGUUAUAAGUACUAUGCAGGUGGUGUUACUAACCUCACACUGAAGAGGAAGCCCCAGAGCAUCAGAGUGCAGCUGGACUAUGACAGGGGGGAGGUGUCCUUCUUCGACUCCAGUGACAUGUCAGUCAUUUACACUUUUACAGACACAUUUACUGAGAGAGUAUUCCCAUACUUCUCUCCAUAUUUGGAAAAAGAUAAGAAUGAAGGACCCCUGCAGAUAUGCCCAGUGAAUGUUUCUGUAACAGUUAUGUCAUCCCAUUGAAAGUGUUUUUUUUUUUAAAGAACAAACUACAUGUACUGGAAGAGUAUUAUAGAGGAAAUCCAUAUUACUCUAUAACUAUUAUGUUCCUCUAUAAUGAUUAUAGUUUUUUCAUUUUAAUUUUCUUUUCAUCAUUGAUAAUUUAGUUGAGAUUUAUCAUUUUUUGAUAAUGUACAUAUACAGGUAGUAUCUUCUGGGUUUUGUUUUGAUCCAAGUCAUUGGACAAUGAUUUCAUAUAAUUUUUGCUCAUAAAGUAGAUGUGCACCUGUAGUGUAGUCAAAUACCUUUAUAUUUGAUUAAGUCAUUCCUGUCUAGCUGGGUUUAUAAGGUAGUGUAGAAGCUUGGAAUGUGUGAGUAUAGUGAGUGUUCGUUAGUUUGAUUUCAUCCAUCCUCCUGUCUUCUUUUCAGAUUUUACUUUGCAAUUCACCCUGUCAGUACAAUGCUGUAGGAUUUAAUGUACAUCUGGGCCUUAAGUAGCCUUACCUGCAAACUUCAACCAUCAUUAAAUAAUUGGCAUUGGCAAAUAAUUACAAAGGUUUCUCUGAUUGUGCCUGUUGGAACCAAAUCUCUUAUGAGUCAUUGUAAAUAUGUAAAUGAUGUCCCCUAGUGGCUACCUGAAUAAUGAUGUUGGGCUGUGAUGCCAAUAAUUAGAGCAGGUGUGCAUUUGAGCUGAGAUGAUGCUGCUGACACACAGGUUUCUACCGCUAUACAACGCUUCGCAUUGCUCUAAACACUGCCUUUGAAUUUAAUAUAUUGAAAUAAAUACUAUCCUGAAUUA